GAAUGUAGAAAGAGAGAUAAGGCUCAGGGGUGUCUCAUAAAAGGAAGACCUUACAUAUUUUGGGGAGCUGGUAAUGGAGUUUAGAGGAAGCUGUUGCCCUUGUGCUACAUGUUGGGCCUGAUGUCAUUUCAGUUCAAUGUGGCAGCAGUAAGGAAGAGACAUAUUUCGCACAGUAAUCAAGAACAAAGACAGACUGAAACCUGCUAAGACAAACUGGGGUCCUUUUCUGCCUCUCACCACCUUGUACCUCAGUAGCAGGUGACCUGGUGUUCUUCAGACUAUGGGAAGCUGGGAGAGCUCUCCGCCUGGCUACUGCUUAGGUCUUGUGGUGAGCUGGCAGACUGGUAACAGGAUGCAUGGGCUCUGUGAUGUCCUACGCCCUACACCCUCAGGGUGGACUUAGAUUGCUGUUUUAUUUCUACCUUCAGAGUCUCAUGCAAAUUCCAUUUGUAGGCAAGCCCAACUUGUAGCCAUACAGGGAGAGGAAUUCUGGGAAAUAUGGUUCAUGUUUAGUUUUGCUGACACGCACACUGAAACCACCACAGCCCCUAAAAUCAAUUUUAAGAGGUGGCUUUGCAGACUCAUGUACAGGACAGUAGAGAUGUUCAAGUGAUGUUCUUGGCGUAGUGUUUGAGGUAUUUCGGAGGGCUAGGGAGAAGAGCGGAAGGGAGUUUUCUUGGUGGGCUUUAAGAAAUAUGUUUAUCUCAGAAGAACAGAAAAGCCAGACAGGUGCUACGCAUGGAUUGUUCGGUGAUACAUCCUAUUCAUAAAUAUGUGUCCAGAAAUAAGACAUUUGACAUUACAGUUGCACCAGUUAUGCCUGAGAAGUAGUAAAGGACAUGCAGGAGUUUAUGAAUGCCCAGGAUUUCUCCAUAUUGCACAGCAAUACCUUCUCUACUCCAUGGCCCUCACUCCUUCUCCUGAGACAGAGACAAGACUGGCAGAGUAAGAGGAAGGAAGCCGUGGGAGGCAGGGACCACUGUGACAAGGAGCUCCUCUGGGGCUAUACAGAGGAACCCCUGAAAGCCAUUCUCCAACUUCUGUCUUUGGCAGAAGCCAGUUAGGUCCUCAGGCGCAGUGGAAUGGAACAAUGAACCCAUAUUCUGCCAUGCAUGUGGCUCUGUCUCAAGAAAUGUUUCCUGUCUGUGGGGGAGCAGUGGGCGGGCUGAGAUAAUAAAAGCAGGUGGAAGGUAUAACUUGAGAGGCCUGAGGUUCGCACUUUCCCGCUUCGUUAGACAGAUCUGCAGCUUAAUGGGAAACUUUGUCGGUCAUGUACACCCAGGCCUGUUUCUGUUCUUCUAUGGGGUCUAUCAGGCAAUCAUGAUCUCCAGAGCUGUGAUAGUCAAUGACUCGCUCCUGCAUCCUUCAUGUCCUCCCAAGAAUAAGGGGAGAUGGGCCAGGCUGUGGAAAAUAUCCUUUGGAGGUUGGGCAAAGAUAGCGGCUGGCAUUCUCUUCAUGGUUAAUGACCUCAGCUUCAGUGAAAUACAGAUCAGACUGAUGAGCAAGGAGAUGCCACCAAGGUUCAUGUACCCCAAAGAGUGGCAGCACCUCACCAUGUUCGUCCUCCUCAUCCUCAAUGGUUGUGCAGAGGUUGUGAGCAAGAACGUGCUACCACAGAGAUUUGUGGUUCUAGAAAAAGGUACCCUGGUUCUGAGCGUCUACGAGCUUCUGCUGCUCAUGGUGUCCCACGUUAAGGGCUCAUCAGGAGUGGAGCUGCAAAUCCACUCUCUGCUCAUCUUGGUGGUGUUCCUGUUGAUGCUGGUGCUGACCGCAGAGCUCUGGGCCCCUGAGAUGAUUCACCUCCAGCUGAUUGAGACUUUGCUGCUCUUGAUGAUGGGCUCCUGGCUGGUGCAGGGGGGCUUUAUUCUAUACAAACCAAUCUCUGGCUACCCGUGGGAUGAUAAUGACAUCAGUGACAUCAUGUUUGUCACCACCUUCUUCUGCUGGCAUGUGAUGACCAAUGCUCUGUUCCUGCUGGGAAUCUAUGGCCUCUCUUCCUUUUGGUAUCACUGCUACAGCCCCAGCUUGAAGCUGAUGGGGUCCAAAGAAGCUCCAUGUCACGAGAGCACGCCAGGGCCUCUCUACAGGCUGCUGCAGGAAGCGGAGCAGCCAGAGGAGGAUGACCAGGCUCCCCUCCUUUCAAAGAGCUCACGCUGAUCCCAGGCUGAGAAUGCAUGACACAUACCACACACCAUCGUGCCCUGGGGUUCUCUCAGCCGUGUGCACAUCACUCUGUUUGGUCCCAUUGAAGGCGAUGGUCCAGGAGGACAGCAGCUCGUUCUCAUCUACUGGUGCAUUUUCUCUCUGAGCCUCUGAUUAUUGCCAAGGAAACAGGAGAGCUUGAGAAAGGGCCAUGGGUGGGAUUUGGGGAGAGGGGAAGGAAGAGUACCAGGGGAAGCCUGUGCCAGCAAAGAUGCAGGCCAGAAGAAUGAAAUCGAAGGGAUUUGGAGGGAGGAGUCUCU